UUUGAAGUCAGAGCGGAAGUUGUCAGUUGUCACAGUAAACAGCCUCGGUAGGAUGUGGCGGCACUGCCCUUCGGCCUACCACCUCUGUACGCGGGUUCAGCGUCAACUCAAAGGGCCGUUCCAGGUCCGGACCAACAACUGAGCCGAGUCGAGCCGAGCCGAGCCGAGCCGGGCGAACCGUCCGAGUCCAGCAUGAAUGAGACGGAGGGGCUCCGGUUCCGGCGGCUGCACAGACCGCAGGUCAUCACCGACGAGCUGCCGGAGCACCGUUAUAAAGGAUCCGGCACCUACAGCGGGAAGGUUUUCCAGGUCACUCUGCUCUCUCUGGGCUGCUUCCUGCUUCUUCCUCUCCUGGUUGUCAUCCUCAUCCUGGAGUCUCCCAUCCACCCUGACGUGUUCAGUCUGAAGGAGCCUCCACUGAUGAAAGGCUGCUGGGAGCCCAACCUGAAGCUCCGAGAGGCUCAGAGACUGUUUGAAGACCAGAUCAUUGGACCAGAGUCCAUCAGCAACAUCGGAGACGUUUUGUACUCAGGAACAGCUGACGGGAAGAUCGUGAAGCUGAUUGGCCGAAGAAUUCACACUGUGGCGAGACUCGGACAGCUGCCAUGUGGCUCCAGGGAGGAGGAGUCCAGCUGUGGGAGGCCACUGGGCAUCAGAGUCGGACCCAACGGGACUCUGUUUGUAGCUGACGCGUACCUGGGCGUGUUCGAGGUCAACCCCACCACAGGUGUGGCGACCAGGCUGGUGUCGGGCGGUAAGGUGGUCGCCGGCAGGAAGCUGUCGUUCAUCAACGACCUGGCGGUGACCGGGGACGGGAAGAAGGUGUACUUCACUGACUCGAGCAGCAGGUGGCAGCGCAGAGACUACCUGCACCUCAUCAUGGAGGCCACGGCCGACGGUCGGGUGUUGGAGUAUGACACGCAGAGCAGAGAGCUGACGGUGGUCAUGGAGAACCUCCGAUUUCCAAACGGGAUCCAGCUGCUGCCUGACGAGGAGUCGGUGCUGGUGGCGGAGACCACCAUGGCCCGGAUCCGCAGAGUCCAUGUUGCUGGUCUAAACAAAGGCGGGAUGGACACAUUCAUGGACAACCUGCCCGGGUUUCCUGACAACAUCCGCCCGAGCUCCAGCGGGGGUUACUGGGUGGCCAUGUCGGCGGUGAGGCCGAACCCUGGCUUCUCCAUGCUGGACUUCCUGUCCCAGAGACCCUGGAUCAAGAAACUCAUCUUCAAACUCUUCAGUCAGGAGGUGCUGAUGAAGUUCAUCCCUCGGUACAGCCUGGUGGCGGAGCUCCACGAUGGCGGCAUCUGUACUCGGAGCUUCCACGACCCUAACGGCGCGGUGGUGGCCCACAUCAGCGAGGUCCACGAGUACGAUGGGAGCCUGUACCUGGGCUCCUUCUGCUCACCUUAUAUCGCCAAACUCGACCUGCAUAAGGUCUGAAAACACAAAGAAUCAACGGACGUUUGUGACUCCUCUGUGUGAGAUUAGUGUGAAACCGUGGCUCAGCAUUUGUCAUCUCACAGUCAUCUCGCGAUGCCCCAGGAAGUCCAAUGAAAACAGAGUUUUGUCCGUUUCUCGACUCCUGCUUAACACAAAGUGUAAAAUUCAUGGUCUCCAGAGGAUGAAUUUGGGUUUGGGGGCGGGGCUUAUUUUGUUUUCGCACAUGAUGAACCACACGCGCUUUAGGGCUUAGGCUUCAUUUAUCCGUUAUGAAAAGGUCAAACAAAACAGCCAGCUAGCUGAAGCUAAUGAACUUGCUCACUAUAGUUAGCUUGUUCACUGUGGGUCCUCUUCAUAGGGCUCGCUCGCUCUGUCACGUUUUUAGUUUUCUUGGUUUUCUCUUCAUAGGGAGACACACACAGGGCAUUUCUCAUUACCUCCAGAGCUAACGUUGUAUUGUACGGGUUAGCGUUGCUACAAGCUGCCAUUUACACUUUGAUAUGUUAGUUAGCCUUAGCCAACAGAUGUCGAACAAAUUUCACUAUAAAGAGUAACUUUUGUAAUUGUGAUUACUGAAAAUGUUCAUAAUAUCAUGUGUGGUGAUGACAUUUCCAGCCCUGAUAAAAGGGAAAUCUGAGUUUACUUUGAUGCCUUCGGAUGACCUGAGGCGUCCAUGUUUGUUUGUUUUUCAGACGUCUGCAUUAGUGAGCAUCAGAGCAGAUAAAUCAGUUUUGAGAAGUUCCCAGCUUGUAAUUAAAGGUUGAGCAAGCUUAUACUGAUAAUAUUUAACAUGCUGACCUGCCAAAUGUUACCUUCUAAAAAACAUUAACAACUGCAGGAUGCUAACAUGGCUAACAGCCUGCAGAGCUGCUAACGUGGCUCAGAUAGUAAUCAUGAAGGCCCAGUUAGAACGGAAGUCAGGAUUUUGAGACAACCUCAAGUCUGCACAGUGAGUGUCUACAAACUGGCUGCCAAAGCUCCAUUGCUGCUUGUCCCUUCAAAAUAAAAUACAGUAUUAACUCAUACAGGAACUUCAGCUAAGUUCAAAGGAGCUUCAUCAGCUGUUUAAGUGCUGUGACUAUGUCAGCAAAAGAUGCAAAUCAGUUGCCUACUGACACGUCAUGUUCAUGUCAUAUUGGAGUUCUGUUGUUAGCAUUAAAGGUUCAAUUCACCCAGAAAUGAAAAAUGUUAAAUAACAACCAAAAUUAAACAUAAACUGUCAAACUUUUCUUUCUGUUGAAGCAUAGCGAUGCUGGGACAGAAACAGAUUUGAUGUUUUCCUUCCUGCUACGUGAUGACUGAGUGACUUUUCUGUGUUUGGAUGAACCUGAUCUGCAGCUUCUCAGCUUCUUUUGAAUAAAAUCUGAAUAAUAUUA